GUUGAAAAGAGCCAAAGUUUGCGAAAAUCGGAUUUGCUUAUUCGAUACCGAUACCUUAUUAAUGUCGACUCUGGUUGAUGUGCUGGUGGGAAGUACCACUCUAGUUUGGUGGAGUACCUGAGAAAAAGCAGCGUUGGAAGAAUAGAGGAACUCACGAGCUUCACCUAUCGUAUGGUGAAGCUUUAGAAGUCUGACUUGAUCUGUCCAGGACCAAAACAUGGACAACAUAACCUGACUUCUACAUCACGUACGAGAAGACUGCCUCAAAAUAGUAUUGCUUUAAGGUCUAUAUAACUCUUGAACAUGGCAAUGUUGAUCUACACACUUGUGUUGUGUCUCGCCUCGUGGUCUGUAGAUGCAACCGGUCAGAACAGAAGUGAUUAUGUAGGUUCUAUCCAACCCUACACCUACACUAGCUGGGGCUCCUGGGGCCACAAAGACUGGUGCACAGAAGGUUCCUAUGCGUACGGUGUUACUCUCAAGGUUGAAGGAAAACAGGGCAAGGGAGAUGACACAGCACUCAAUGGAAUCAAGCUGCUUUGCAGAACCUACUGUGGGGCACAUUCUAAUAGCAUCACGUCCAGCGUUAUGAUAUUUGGAAACUGGCAGCAGACAAAGAAUUGCCCAGCCGGUAAUUUUCUGAAAGGCGCUUGGGUCAGAUCUGAGCGACAAGGGAGCGUGGAUAACACAGCCGUGAAUAACUAUGAUUUUCUCUGCGAACAUUUCCAUUACACGAGCCACAUUUACCACCUACAAGGUAAUGGCAUGCCCUGGGGUUCAUGGACUGCCCGACAAGAGUGCCCCACUGGUUCGUACAUUUGUGGUCUCAAAACCCAAGUGGAGCCAUCGCAAGGUAGAGGAGAUGAUACUGCUCUCAAUGACGCCAGAUUCUACUGCUGCAGAUUGACAAAAACGAGCUGCUCUGGUCGGCGCUAAAAUCACCAGGAAAGAUGAGCUUAUCCCAGAACACAGGACAAACCAGGCAAAACUAAAUGAACCUAAAGGUGUUAUUUAAAUCAGACGUUCAAUUUAGCAAAAGAAUCAAAAACUAAGUAAAAGAAACUGACAAAUUAACGAUAAAUAGUAAAAAUGUGUGAAGUAAAUUAAAGGGAAAGUUAAAGAUUGUAAGAAAAUACACUUGUCCAACAAAAUAAAUACCAGAUGCAGUCUA